GCACCUCCCACCGUUCCUGUUGAUUGGAUCUUACAAAUACCAACACUCCAAGUGACAAGCCCACUAGGACUGAGAAGCAACUUCUCUUUUUAGUUCCAACCUGUUUUAAUACUCAUAUAUAUAAUUUUUCACAUUUUCUUUCUACUUGCACAUACAUCUGUUUUUAUUUAAACCCAAAACCACCAGUUUGUCACUCCAUGCUUGCUUCUCCAGAGACGAGUCGCAUCAAUUAUAAUGUUUUCAACAAAGUUUCCAGCUAUGCCAGCCUUCAGUUGGGAACUUCAUCAGAUUCUGCUGUAUCAACUGGUGUCAGUGUAUACAAUACACUUCGCAAGCACAAACACAAACUCCAUGUGGACGAAUUACGAGAGAUCAUGGCUAAGCCACAUUUCCAGGCCCUCCUUUACACCCAUGAUAAGGUGGCCUGUCGUGACUAUGAACCAAGGAUGUUCUCUGUGUCACAUGAUGUUAGUGAUGCUGAAGAGCCUGUCAAGAUUGUAAGGAUUAUUAAAAAUGAAGAGCCUCUGGGUGCAACUAUACAAAAAAAUGAGAAAAAACAGAGCUUAGAAAUCGCCAGAAUUCUCCGUGGUGGGGCAGCAGACAGAAGUGGUCUCGUACAUGUGGGAGAUGAAAUCUGUGAGAUAAAUGGGACCAAUGUACAGGGCCGUGACCCUAAGGAUGUUGUUCAGUUACUGGCCAAAUUCAGUGGACCAGUUACUUUAAAGCUUUUUCCUGCAAAUAAUGAGAAGGGUUUAACACGAGAGGGCAAGCCAUAUUAUCGUUCAACUCAAAUAAGACUUCGAGCUCUAUUUGAUUAUGAUCCCUUUGAUGACCCCAUUAUUCCUUGCCCAGAAGCAGGUCUUCCUUUCCAGAAGGGAGAUGUUCUUCAGAUUGUUAGUCAAGAAGAUCCACUUUGGUGGCAGGCACGUAAAGAAGGAGAUAGCAAUCUCCGAGCUGGACUUAUUCCUGGAAAACAGUUACAAGAAAGACGUUCUUCAUCCCUUGUCAGCAAUCUAAGGAAAGAAAUUCUGGGAAGACCUCUUCUGUCUGAUCCUCGGUACUUGGAUUCUUCUUGUCAUAAAAAUAGCACAGGUCACCUUAGCCCCUGUAGAAUUAGUCCCAGAAUACCUAAGUCAAAGAAACUAAAAAAGACUAUGUAUCAUGUAACACAGAACCAAGUUUAUGAUUCGGAAGAAAUUAUCACCUAUGAAGAAGUUCAAUUAUAUCAUCCAAAGCCAGAAUUCCCACGACCAGUUGUUUUAGUAGGUCCUCAUGGCGUUGGGAGGAAUGAACUGAAGAGACGUUUGAUGGCGAGUAAUACUGAGCGAUUCCAAGAAGUUGUGCCAUAUACAACUAGACUAAAAAAACCUCAUGAAGUUGAUGGAAGGGAUUACCAUUUUGUAUCUAGAGAUGAAAUGGAGAAAGGUAUUUUACUAAACAGUGAUUAUUCACAACAUGAGUGCUUCCUAAGAUUUGUUGAGUAUGGAGAGUAUAAAGGAAAUUUAUACGGCUCAAGCAUUGAUUCCAUAAAAUGUGUGAUCAACUCAGGAAAAGUGUGUGUCUUAACACCGCAUACACAGGCUCUUAAAUUUUUACGAACAGCAGACAUCAAACCAUAUGUGAUAUUUGUAGCACCACCAUCUUUUGAAAUAGUAAAAGCCACGAGGUUUGAAAAAAAUGCUAGACAUACAGUAAAUGAUCUCCCUCAACCAUUUUCAGAUGAAGAACUUCAAAAGAUGAUCAACACAUCCAAAACAAUGGUUAUUCGUUACGGUCACUUCUUUGACAAAACUAUUGUCAAUGGGCCAAUAGAGCAAGCAGUAAAAGAUCUGAUUCAUAUAGUGGAACUAGUGGGAAAAGAACCUUUGUAUGUCCCAGCAAACUGGGUCCAAUAUUAAAAAAAAAGAAAGAAAAAGAAAUACAUAUACUAUAUAUAUGUAAAUACAUAUAUAUAUAUGAGCAUCAACAACACAACGCAUUAUUACAUAAUUUUCAUUUGGGAGGAAAACCUUUUUAAAAUAAAUUUAGCAAAAAAAGAUA